AUGACACUCCUCAGUAACAUCAGCCCGCCUCUCAUCCAAGAAGCACUGUCCCAGCCGAUGUCCAUUUUGGACCUCUUCAUUCCUGGACUUUCAAACAUCACGGGUGUCGCCAGUCAAGUCCUCAAUGGGAAAAUGACUAUCUACACUCAGCUGAUGUGCCUCUUUGGCUUGGCUACACUCUUGAAGCCGUAUUUGUCUCAAUUGAGAGAUUGGCUCAUUGAAGAUUUCACAUCAACGGUCCACAUUAAACAGUCGGACGAAACGUACGAUAUGAUCCAAGCCUGGGUCUCUUCUCAUAAACUAGAUGAUGCCUCUCGCUCCAUCCUCGCUAAGGUCAUGACGAAGCGAAAGACUCAAGAUGACUAUGACGCACACACUAAAAAAACGCUUCAGUAUGCCCCUUGGGAAGGAGCUUUCUACUUUUAG